AUGAUCUGGCAGGCGCUGGUCAUUUCCGUCCUCCUCUAUCUCAUCAUUGGCAGUAUCGUGAAUUAUCGCAAGCUUUCGCAGUUCCCUGGACCACCACUUGCGAAAUUCACCCGAUUCUGGCUUUUCUGGCAGGCCGCCAACGCCAGGUCUCACGAUGCGCAACGAGAAGCUCUACGCAAAUAUGGAUCGCCGUGCCGCAUCGGUCCGAACCUCCUCGUCACUGAUGACGCCGAUGUGGUCCGUCACAUGAGCAGUCCACGUUCAAAGUGGUCCCGAUCAGCCUGGUACAAUGCCAUGCGCUUCGAUCCAAGAACGGACACAGUCUUUUCGACUCGCGAUGAACGCAUUCACAUGGAUCUCCGAACAAAGGAGAUUGGAGCUUACUCUGGUAAGGACAUCGACAACAUCGAGGACUCCAUGGAUACCACUAUCGUCGAGUUCGUGGACAUGAUCCGAGAAAUGCGUGGCAAGCCUAUGGACUUUGGGAAAGUGGCACAGCUCUUUACACUCGAUGUACUCAGCCGCAUCGCCUUCGGAAAGUGCUUCGGCUUUAUCGCUGCAAGGGAAGACAUCUUUGGAUAUGGCAAAGCCGGCGAGGAUUUCUUUCCCAUCAACGAGCUGAUGUCCAACCACGCCUUCUUCCGCGCCUUGAUCGGCAAUCCCGUCAUGCAGAAGCUCGCAGCUCCGAAAGACACCGACGAAGUUGGUCUCGGAAGAAUUGCCAAAUUCGCAAGGGAAUGCGUCGAGGAGAAUAAGGGCCUCACGCAGCUGCAGGUCGAAGCAGAGUCUGCUCUACAAAUCGUUGCCGGGUCCGACUCUACGACAACCAUCUUGCGAUGCACGCUUUACCUGCUUGCUGGAUCUCCUACGGUGUAUAACAAGCUGAAGGGUGAAGUGGACGAAGCUGUCAGCAAUGGUGCAGCGUCACAUCCAGUCGUCACGUACGCGGAAACGGAGAAGCUGGAGUAUCUUCAGGCCUGUGUGUGGGAGGGCAUGCGGAUGUGGCCACCUUUGAUGGGCAUGAAGAUCAAGUCUGCACCGAAGGGCGGCGACACUGUCGAUGGUGUGUUCUAUCCGGAGGGCUCGGAGUUGGGCCAGUGCGACUCGGCAAUCUGCCGCAAGCCUAGUGAAUGGGGUGACGACGCGGAUGUUUUCCGACCGGACCGAUGGAUCGAGGCGGAUGAGAAGACCAGGCAGCGGUAUGAGAUGAUCGUGGGCUGCAUCUUUGGGACAGGCAAAUGGACAUGCCUCGGCAAGCACAUCGCAGAAGUCGAACUGCACAAGGUUCUAUUUGAGCUUAUCCGGCGAUUCGAUUGGGCGAUCGCGAACCCUAUGGAGGGCGUCAAGAUGGCCGGUCAUGGCAUAUGGGCCCAGAAAAACAUGAAUUUGACAGCCGCCGUCCCAACAUGA